UUCGCGUCAGUGGCGCGCAGCGAGCGGCUGUGUCGAAGUUUGAGAUUCCUCAGGCGGCGAGGCCCGGGCGGAACUCAGCUCCACUGAAAUCAGAAGAAAAGCUGUCUAACGCCAGAUUCCAAUGCAGUCAUUCGACCUUCUCUACCAGGGCUGAACUUUACCUUGUGACUGCUUUUCCUGUUGACUAAGUCUGGAAGGAACCCACUUUUCUGCUUGGAUCUGGGUUCCUCUGUAUCAGAUACUAUGAAAGAACCAGGGUCGGAUGAUGACUUGGACAAGGCAGUGACUACACAGCUACUGCGGACGGAUGAAAUCAAGACCGAACCUGACAGUGAUCAAGAAUAUUUUCAAGCCCAACAGCCCAAAAUUCAGGAGUGUGAAAUGAAAGUGAACACUACGUUUUCAGACAGUGCUUUUCAGUUGACUACUGGCAUCCAGCUUUCUCCAGCAUCAUCUGGCAUGAACAAAAUGCUUCCUUCAAUUUCAACCACAGCUAUUCAGGUUUCCUGUUUUGGUUGUAAAAAGGUUCUUCAGAAAGGGCAAACUGCUUAUCAGAGGAAAGAGUCUGCUCAGCUUUUCUGCUCCACAGCGUGCAUCACUGAAUUCAUUUCAUCGGCCAGUGUGCUGGCUCCUCCCAGGAAAACUUGCUCAAACUGCUCCAGAGACAUUUUAAAUCCAAAGGAUGUGAUCAGUGUUCCAGUGGAAGAUACUACUGCUAGCAAAAAUUUUUGCAGCCAAUCUUGUCUCUCAUCUUAUGAAGGGAAAAAAUCAUCUGUUACUCUAUGUAGUAAUAGCAUGUUAACCAAAUGCAGCAUGUGUCAGAAAGCUACUGGUAUUCAGUAUGAAGUAAAAUACCAGAAUGUGAAGCAUAGUCUUUGCAGUAAUAGCUGCUUUUUAAAGUUUCACUCUGCUAACAACCUCGUCAUGAAUUGUUGUGAGAACUGUGGGGUGUAUUGUUAUACAAACUCUAGCUCAUUCCAUGUGCUCCAGAUGGAAGGACAACCCCGGUACUUUAAUAAUUCAAAGACUCUUACAGCAUGUAAGCAGAAACCAGCCAAAAUACUUCCACCUGUACCUUUAAAAUCACUGAGGCACUCAGAUGAAAUUAUUGAGACCACCAAUGACUUUGGCAAGACAGAGCUUUUCUGCUCUCUUAAUUGUUUUUCUGCUUACAAUAAAGCUAAGCUGGAAUCUUCCACAGUAAAUGUUUCCACGGUGCAAGAGGCUUCGAGUGAGCUGCUUCCUCUGCAGAAAGACACGACUCCAGUUAUAAGCAAUAUAGUAUCCCUGGCAGAUCCUCAUGGCGACCUCUCUCCUGGACACUCUGAUGACCUAGAAAAUACAGUUUCUCCAGUAACAGCAAAUGACAUCUCAAAUACUCCGAAGAGUCCCCCCAGUGAAUCAAGCAGUGGUGUUGCUAAUCAUAGUGGGGAACAGCCAAGCCUUUCGCCACCCUCACCGGGACUCAGCCAGUGCACAAUUGACUCUGAGGUAGAUGUACAAAAAGAUGGAGUGUCAAGCCAGGAUUCUGAAGACAAUAUGAAAACUAUGAAGAUAAAUGAUGGACUGUGUCACUCAAAAUUUGCACCCAAAGAUCAAAAAGUUAAAAGGAAAUCACAAAGUAUUAAAAAAUCCCAGGUUUCAAAUCCGCAUUUGGAAAGCAGCAGUAAAAAGGAGGUGACUUUCUGUUACUCAUGCCAAUUGUACUGCCAACAUUUUUUAAGCUAUGAGGGAGAGUCUUGUGCUACCCAUGGGAUUUCUAAUUGGAAAAAAACUCUGGAAAAAUUCAGAAAGCACGAAACAAGUGAGAUGCAUUUGAAGUCAUUGCAAUUUUGGAAAAAAUACCAGCUUUGUGAUGAAGCUAUCAAUAAUUUUUCUAUUCAUUCAAAAAAAGUUGAGGAAAACAAAAACUAUUUAAAGUUUAUCAUUGAAACUAUUUUAUUUCUUGGAAAGCAGUGCUUACCGUUCAGUGGAAAUGACCACUCUGUUUCAUCUAUAAAUAAAGGCAAUUUUUUAGAAUUAUUAGAGAUCAGAGCAAAGGAUAAAGGAGAAGGGACAUUUCGACUGAUGAGCUCACAAGUUGACUUCUAUAAUAGCUCGCAAAUUCAAAGUGAAAUUGUUGAAAUUAUAAAGGCUGAAAUGCUACAGGCAAUCGUGAAUGAGAUCAAUGUUUCCUCCGCUUUUUCUAUCAUAUGUGAUGAAACAACUGAUAGUAGCACUAAAGAACAGCUUUCGAUCUGUGUACGAUACCUACAAAAAACACCAAAGACUAUCUUAAUAAAAGAAAGAUUUUUGGGUUUUAUUGAUACUGGAGAGAUCCCUGAACCCAACUUACAAAAGAUUAUCAAAACUUACCUGCAGCAGAUUGGAGUUGAUGUGAAAAACAUGCGUGGCCAGUGCUAUGAUAGUACCAUUAAUUUAAGGGGAAAAUUCAAUAAAAUUGCAGCAGAAUUCAAGAAGGAAGAGCCAAGAGCUGUAUACAUGCAUUGCUAUGCACAUUUUUUGGAUUUAGCAGUCAUUAGGUUUUGUCAAGAAGUAAACGAAUUUCGAAGUACUCUAAACACUCUUAGUGCUUUGUUCAGCACUAUUUAUAUGUCAGGGGAAAUGGUGGCAAAGUUUCAAAAUAUUUGUAACCUAAGUCAAAACAAGACAUGCAAGAAUCAUUCAUCACAGACUUGUUGGGCAGUCCAUGAUCAUACAUUGCUAUCGGUGAUUGAGGGUCUUCCAGAGAUUAUUGAAACCCUCGAAGUUAUAUCAAGCCACUCCUCACACACAAAUUUGGCUGAUGAGUUGAGAAAUUUGUUGACGUUACUUUCCAGAUUUGAAUUUAUCUUUUGUUUAAAAUUUCUUUAUCGUGUGCUGAGUGUUACAAGAAUUCUUUCCAAGGAGCUACAGGGUAAAACUCUGAAUAUUUUUUCUCUGUCUUCAAAAAUAGAAACCAUCUUUGAAUGCUUAUCAUCUGAGAGAAAUGAUAGCAGUUUCAAAACUCUUUGGGAUGAAACAGAAGAAAUAUGUCAAAAAAUAACAUGUGAAGGUUUGGAAGUUGAAGAACCUCUUCAGAAAAGAAGAAAAAUUCAGAAAAUAACAGAUCAGAGUGAUUCAGAUAGGAUAUUUUCUACUUCAACUGAAGAGCAGUAUAAAACUAAUAUUUAUUACCAAGGAUUAGAUACUAUAUUGCAAAAUUUAAAAUUAUAUUUUUCAGAGUUUGAUUAUUGCAAAAUAAAGGAAAUUUCAGAACUACUAUUUAAAUGGAAUGAGCCACUAAAUGAAACAACAGCCAGACACGUUCAAGAAUUUUAUAAGCUUGAUACAGAUAUUGUCCCAGAACUUAGGUUUUAUCGACACUACGCAAAGCUCAACUUUGUCGUGGAUUAUGAGUACAUCGACUUCAUGAAUCUUGGCUAUUUAUUUAUUCAACAUGGUCUUUACAAUAAUAUUCCUGGUAUCUCACAGCUAUUACAUAUUGCUUUGUCUUGGCCAAUAACUUCAGCAAGUGAUAAAAGUUCAUUUUCUGUCCUGCCCCGCCUUAAGAUGUUUUUGUGUCACAGCACAGGACAGGAGCGGCGGAGCGGCCUGGCCUUAAUGGCUGUUGAGCAGGAACUGGUGAACAACCUGAUGGAGCCUGAAAGGCUCACUGGGAUUUCUGAAAAGUUUGUCGGUCAGCUGAAAGAGAUGUGAUGCUUGCUCAUUUUAAUUCAAGCUUGUGUUUCUGUUGGAGCAGUGUUUUUAUUCAAAAAUGUUCUCUUAAGAAAAGGGAAAUGAUGUGAAGGAAUGUUGGGAAACUGAUUGUGCUAGCAAUUGUACAAUACUGUUUGCUGGGAUUGAACUCCCAAUUAUAAAUAAAUAAAUAUUUUUGGA